AUGCCGAACCGAGCCGAAGGCGGCCGUUUGUUCCAAAGUAAACCAUACAUUUUCUGGCUUCUGGUCCUACUUGGCAUUCAACUGGGAGAUUCCAUGCCCCUGGAGGAUAUGGACUCCGAGGAGAUGAUUGACUUGACCGACUUGGGGGACACCAUAUUCGGCAAUCCAGAUGUGGAGACAACAGGUGCAUUAGUCGAAGCUCACAACGAGGAGUCCGCCCAGAAUCCUGAGGAACUGGGCACUUACUACGAGGGAGAUAUACUCAUUCCUCUGAGUUAUACUGAAUCCAGAUCCAAUGGCACAAGGAAUGGUAUCCUGGCGCUGAGUUCCCGCUGGCCGGGUGGCGUGGUGCCAUAUGAGAUCAAGGGUCCUUUUACAUCCCAGGAGUUGGGGAACAUUAAUCAUGCCUUUAAGGAAUACCACACCAGAACCUGUGUGCGUUUCAAGCCCCGCACUACUGAGAAGGAUUACAUAUCGAUUGGCAGUGGAAAGUCUGGUUGCUGGAGCAGUAUUGGACGAUUGGGUGGGCGUCAGGAGGUGAAUCUGCAGUCACCCAACUGCCUGAGAACAUAUGGCACUCCGAUUCACGAGCUGAUGCAUGCCUUGGGAUUCUUCCACGAGCAGAAUCGCCACGAACGGGAUGCCUAUGUUCGAGUGAUGAGCGACAACAUUAAGCCCGAGAUGAUGGUCAACUUUGAGAAGGCCAGCUCCAGGACCCAGUCGGGCUUCGGUGUGGAUUAUGACUAUGCCAGUGUGAUGCACUACUCUUCGACCAGCUUCACCCGGAAUGGCCAGCCGACGUUGAAGGCUCUGCGUCCCAGUGCCGAUGCCAACCAGAUGGGACAGCGACGUGGCUUCUCCGCCGGAGAUGUGCGUAAGAUAAACGCCAUGUACAAGUGCAAGAUGUAGGAAAAUAUA